UAUUGGUUCGAGCAAAUUUUACAGGUAUUGCGUUUCAAAAUGAAUUACGCAGCGUUUAUAUUUGUUUAAAUACGUUGUAUAUGUUUAUUUAAAGCCGAGUCUUUAAUGGCGGGGAGUAUGUUAUGUUUCGUAUUACUACUACACCGCUCGAUGAUUCAAAGGGGGCCCAUAAGCGCCCUUUUACUCUUGCGCACAUUGUCAUGCCCAACGGUAGCAGCGCCACGCGCGUUCUUUUUGGGGCACUAUUGUAAGAUGGCCAGUUGGCCACAGUUGGCGAAUAAAACCCUUGGAGUCCACACGUGUCCAUUUAGUUACCGCAUCCCACGAGAAAUCCAGCAAAACUAUAUACAGUGGGGCAUUUCUAUGAGCUAGACAUCGAUUAGCAGAUGUAUACAUAAAGUGACAGAUGCGAUCAAUGAUUUGAUAUUCAGACAGUGGGUACAAUUCCCCAUAACUCCAGGAGCCAGACAGCUAGCGAGGAUGCAAUUUCAAAAUGCACGUCAGCCAUUUGAAGGAGCUAUCGGAGCGAUUGACUGCACUCAUGUAGCAAUUCUUGGUCCUAAAGACCAUGAAGAAGCCUAUAUUAAUCAUCAUGGGUAUCAUUCGCUGAAUGUGCAAAUGAUAUGUGACCCAAAUUUAAAAAUACUGAAUGUAAAUGCAAGAUACCCCGGAGCACGGCACGAUUCAUAUAUAUGGAAUGCCCCUGCUGCUCGACGAGUGAUGGAACGCGCAUAUAAUCGUGGUGAACGACAUACGUAUCUUAUUGGUGAUUCAGGCUAUCCAUUGGAGCCGUGGCUAUUAACUCCUCUGCCCCGAGAACCGGAAGGAACUCCACGUUUCGCAUAUAAUGAAGCAUUGUGUAGCGCAAGAAACUGUGUCGAACGUCUUUUCGGUGUAUUGAAGUCUACCUGGAGAUGUCUUUCUCGACACAGGGUUUUGCAAUAUGAACUUGGCUUUACUGGAAGAAUUGUUAACGCUUGCGCAGUGCUUCAUAAUAUGCGGAAUGCUCAUGGCAUAUUUGAUGAUCUGUUCGACGAAUUUGAUCAUGACGAACAUAUGAACGAAAACUGUAAUGAUGCUUAUGAUAUUAAUGUGGAUAAUAUUGUCCGUGGGCCUCUUGCUAGCGCACGUCGAAUUCAAGACCGUUUAAUAGCACAAAGAUUUGGCAGAUAAGAUUGUAAAAUUUCAAAUAAAAUCAAGCUUAUAAUCAUGUAGUAUUAUUUUAAUAUUAUAUUUACUAUUUACACAAUUAGUGAAUGAUUGAUGUAUGAAUUAAUCCUUUUAUUUUUAAUAAAUUGAAAAUAAAAUAAGAAAGUAUAAAAUAUUUAUGAUUAUAAAUUAUUAUUUUAUUUCAAUCCAUUUCAUUGUAACGAAAAGCAAACAAAAUAUAAUAAUUGUUAAACAGUUAUAUUCAUUGAAAAAUACAUUUACUAGUUGUUUAGGAUUAGGGUUGCGCGUUAUAGACAAUAAGUUAAAAUCGGCUCGCGUUCAGGCCUCGUGGCGCAAUCUGUCGCCGCGCCGUCGCUCGCCGCGACGUGUUCACGCGAGCCCGCGGGAACCGGAGCGCGCGCGUGAUCAGCCUCUGAUCACGCGCUCCGGCAUCCUCUGUUUUUGCCGGUAACGCCUGAUUCGUCGAUCGCGUUGUGUGAGUUGAACCGCCAAUCGGUUCGUCGCGUUUCCGCUCGACGACGGAAACGUCGAUCAUCG